GGAUAUUAGAGUGUGGCAUUACUCCAAAGAUAGAAACUACACAGUCAAAUCAGGUUAUCACCUAGCUCUAUAAUUGACUAUGGCCCCUAUUCGGAAACCGAUAGUUCAUACCAUCGAUCCUCCCAUUUGAAAAAGACAUGGAAUAUCCAAGUCCCACCUAAACUUAAAUUCUUCAUAUGGUAGUGUCGAAAAGUAAUUCUCCCCAGAGUGAUGCCCCCUUCAAACUCGUGGAGUAAACUGUCUUAAUUGAUGCCCUGUUUGCUGGAGACAUCGAGAGAGCAUUGAACAUUUAUUCUUCAGAUGCCCCCUAGCCAUCAGAUUGUGGACUUUAGUGGGAUUGAGCAACUUCAUUGACUCCGCCCAGACUGUUAACUUUAGUCUAUGGUGGCGAUAUGUCAUGGUCUCAGUGACCUCUCCAUUCCACAUUCUCCAAUGCGUCUGCUUACUCUGGAGAAUCUGGAAGUCUAUAAAUAAAGUGACUUUUGAAUUUUACCAACCUCAUGUCCGUUCCCUAGCUAGAGAAUUCUACAACCAGGUCCUUGAAGUCUCUAGCCUCCUCCCCCCUCCUUCGCCUCGUAGAUCUCUCCUCCCUCACCGCCCACCCUUCACUUGGGUUCCUCCGCUAGAAGAUUAUUUGAAGAUCCAUUUCGACGCAACUGUUAGUGCAACCGGAUGUUCGUCUGGACUUGUGGUCUGUGGGUCCGACGAACAUGUGGUGUUGGCGUUCGGGUUGCGUCAUCAGGGAGUAGUCAACCCCUACCUGGCAGAGCUUUUAGCUGUUAGAGACGUUAUCUCCCUCGUAGUCUCCAGAUCCUUGUCUCGCGUGAUAGUGGAGGGCGAUUCUGAAGUGGUCGUCAAUCAGAUAUGGCAAGGCGUCUUAAAAGAUUCCAUUGGUGGUCAGGUGCUCAGGGAGUGUCAUCAGAUCCUAGUCUCUUUGUCAAUCUGUAUAGAGUUUAGGCCGGUUCCUAGAGCCGCAAACAGUGCUGCCCAUAGAGUGGCGCGUAAAACAUUCCUUUUGACUAUUUUAGAGCUAGAAUCUUUUGAUUUUUUGGGUGGCUUCAUUAGUCUAUCGCUUGUAAAAUGUCUAAGUAGUUUUGGUUGCAUACCUUAUCUCAUGAUAUCACUCGAAAAUAAUAAUACAAAAAUCGACAUUGAUGUCGAAUGUACGUCACGACCCACUGCAGGGCGUGGAACGAACGCGCCAUUGCUCAACCCACGUGCCGCCCCAUAGCCGGAAAAAAGGCCACCCGAAAAAACUAUUUUUUUCCUUCCUUUUCAUCACGGAAAAUAUAACCGUUGAGCAUGGCCACGUGUCAUUCAAUCCAUCCACCUGUCAAUCUCUCUCUCUUCUCCUUCGGAUUCCCAUCUAGGCCCCUCCAUAGUCGUCUUGUUGCUUGCUUCAUCUCCUUCCUCCCUCAUCCCUUCCCUUUUACGACAGUCUAUUAUCACCACUACAGCCUAAUUCCCCCUUCUCUCUCUCUCUCUCUCUCUCUCUCUCCCACACUCUGCUUCUUCCUCCGUCGUGAAUCCUCUUAUCCAUCUUCCCGAUAACCCUUUUCCGCUGUGCUUUCAGUUCACACAAUCUAAUUCUAUUCUUCUUCCCAGUAAUGGCUUUUCACUGACCCACCCAAUUACCCACCAAAUGUUGUCUUCUCCCAGCACCACAACCUUCCUUCUCGUUCUGCUCUGUUUCCUGACCUCUUCCCCUGCCUUCGCGGCCACCGAUUUCGAUUUCGGCACGCUCACCCUCAGCAGCUUGAAGCUCAUCGGCGACGCCCACUUGAACAAUGGCAGCGUCCGCCUCACCCGCGACCUCGCAGUCCCCAACUCCGGCGCCGGCAGAGCUCUCUACACCAAGCCAAUCCGCUUCCGGCAACCCGGGACCCACUCAAUCACCAGCUUCUCCACCUUCUUCUCCUUCUCGGUCACCAAUUUAAACCCCUCGUCGAUCGGCGGCGGGCUGGCUUUCCUCAUUUCACCGGUCCCUGACUCGAUCGGCGCCGCCGGCGGAUGUCUGGGUCUCUUCAGCGGCGAUGGUCUCGCCGCUGGGUUCGUCGCCGUCGAAUUCGACACUCUGAUGGAUGUUGAGUUCAAGGACAUUAAUGGCAACCACGUCGGGUUAGAUCUCAACAGCAUGGUUUCGUCUCAGUCCGGAGAUCUGGAUUCGGUCGACAUCGAUCUCAAGAGCGGCGAUCUCGUCAAUGCCUGGAUCGAUUACGACGGGCCGAGUCGGGUCCUGGAGGUCUCGGUUUCGUACUCGAAUCAGAAGCCGAAGGAGCCGAUUCUGUCGGCGGGUCUCGAUCUGGAUCAGUACGUCGACGACUUUAUGUACGUCGGCUUCUCCGGUUCCACUCAGGGGAGCACCGAGAUUCACAGCGUCGAGUGGUGGAGCUUCACCUCUCUGUUCGACUCAACGCCGCCGGGUAACGGCGGAGGCGCUAGUUCCGGUCCAAUCGCCGCCUCUGCUCCGCCACCGCCGCCGCCUCCUCCAUCGAUUACUCUGCUCAGCCCGGCGGCUGAUUCCGUCAAAUCCCCACCGCCGUCAUUGCCCCCCUCCAACGUAAUUAACAGCAAUCAGGGGAAGAGCAGUAAACCGUCCUCCUCCUGCCACAACCAGCUCUGCAAAAAGGGGCCGGGCGCGGUUGCCGGAGUGGUAACCGCCAGCGCAUUUCUCGCCGUAUUCGCCGGGAUCCUCCUCUGGGCAUUUUCCAAGCGAGUGAAGAAGGUGAAGAGGAAAUCGGAGUCGUUCGCGUCCGAGGUAAUCAAAAUGCCCAAGGAAUUCACCUACAAGGAGCUCCGAUUGGCGACGAACAGCUUCAAUUCGAAUCGAAUCAUCGGCCACGGCGCCUUCGGCACAGUCUACAAGGGCAUCGUGACGGAGACCGGCGACAUUGUCGCCGUCAAGCGAUGCUCCCACAACAGCCAGGGGAAAACCGAAUUCCUCUCGGAGCUCUCCAUCAUCGGAACCCUAAGGCACCGGAAUCUCGUCCGACUGAUCGGCUGGUGCCACGAGAAGGGCGAGAUUCUGCUAGUCUACGAUUUGAUGCCCAACGGAAGCUUGGAUAAGGCCCUGUUCGAAUCCAGAAUGAUCCUCCCGUGGUCGCACCGCCGGAAAAUCCUCCACGGCGUCGCGUCGGCGCUGGCCUACCUCCAUCAAGAAUGCGAGAAUCAGGUCAUCCACAGAGACGUCAAAUCCAGCAACAUCAUGCUCGACGAAGGGUUCAACGCCCGACUCGGUGAUUUCGGCUUAGCUAAACAGGUGGAACACGACAAAUCCCCUGACGCCACGGUGGCGGCCGGGACGAUGGGAUAUUUAGCGCCGGAGUAUCUCCUCACCGGUAGAGCCACCGAGAAGACCGACGUGUUCAGCUACGGCGCGGUGGUGCUGGAGGUCGCAAGCGGGCGGAGGCCGAUAGAGAAGGACGCCGCCGCUGCCGCCGCCAACGGUAACGGCGUUAGAGGUAACGGCAACUUGGUGGAGUGGGUGUGGGGGCUACACCGUGAAGGGAGGUUGUUGACGGCGGCUGACCCGAGGCUGGAAGGUGAAUUCGAGGAGGGAGAGAUGAUGAAGGUUCUGUUGGUGGGCCUGGCCUGCUCGCAUCCGGACCCGUUGGUCAGGCCCAUGAUGAGGAACGUGGUCCAGAUGCUGGCCGGAGAGGCGGAGGUGCCGGUGGUCCCCAGGGCGAAGCCCACGAUGAGUUUCAGUACGUCGGAUUUGUUGCUGAACUUGCAGGACAGCGUCUCCGACUGUAACGACGAAGCCGCCAUGAUUACGCUCUCCACUUCUUCGUCGUCCGACGGCAGCUUCGGCGGCGGGCACCACUUGGUGUGAUAACUGAGUGCUCCCAAAAAAAAAAAAAUUAACAAAAGAAGAGCAGGGAGUUUUUAUUUUCUGGAUCGGACUAUACAGAUUACGGAUAUGAUUAUUUAUAUUCUUUUUUUAUUUAUUAGUUUGGUGCACCGUACGUUUGGGCGGCGUGUUUUUUUUUUUUUUACCGUGUAUAUUGACGUAAUAAUUUGCGUCACCAUCGGAAUUUGCAUAAUUGCGCGUCAUAUAAAGUUUGUAUCAAGAUCGUCCAUCAUUUUUUGAAAUCAUAGCGAGUUCGCAAUUGAAUAUUGACGUGAUAAUUUGCAUCUUACGUUGAAUAAAUCAUUGGAAUUGCAUAAUUUUUGCGUCAUAUAAAGGUGAUAUCGAGGUUGUCCAUCGUUUGUUGAAAGCAUAAUGAGUGUAAACACCCAAUCUAUUCGUUAUUUGUGUUGAGUGAUCACGAAAUUAGUGAAUUAGAUGGUAAUCAUGACAACAUAAGAUAUCAAGAUUUGGGGUGGCUUCUUGCAAUCACUAGAAAGUAAGUGUUACUCUAUUUGAUAGACAAAGUGAACAAAUCUUCUCAAAAGCCUCUCCUUUCUGUCUUGCAAUCACCAAAAAAGUAAAGUAUUACUCCAUUUGAUAAACAAAUCUCCUCAAAAGCCUAUCCUUUCUUCCCAACAUCUCAAGCUACCAAGUAAAUGAAUUAAUAGUUUUGCUAAACCUUCUUUGCUUUAUGCUAACUGGAUAUGUCCGUUGGUUGUGUUUUGCGUUAAACGAGAAAUGUGAAAUGUUACAUGUAAUUGUAAGAGAGAAUAAACUAACCUGUAAAUGAAUAUAAAGUAAAAAAAAAUGUUGACCUAGCUCUCAUUUGAUGAAUAUGAACAUCUAAGCAACUAAAUAACAAUUGAGAAAACAAACUUUGCAAAACGGUGAAGCAGACAAUAAAAAAUGGGCUCGUUGGCCAGUGAAUAGGUACUCAUUGGAGAACAACAAACACAUUUUGAAAAUCAUUAAUGUGGUUCUCUUGUUUUUCAAUGAGUACUACUAUAAGCGUGUACUAAAAAUGUUAAAAUACA